CUGUGCCGAUCCAAAGCGCUACCAUCAGGGAGAUGCUCUCUGAUAGCAUUCCGUAGACAUCCUCUCACUAAAGUCUCCCUCCUGCAGCGUUCAGCCCGGACAUGGGAGCUCACUGGAGGCGCAGCAGGAGGCGCACGGAGCGGCAUGCACGCAGGAGCUGUUUUUCUGCAGGGAGAUUCUGCGUCUGAAGGCGUGAUAUGAGGAGCAACCCCUCCGUAUCCAGUUGAUGCUCGCCUUUACGCAGGGUGGAGAGGUGCAGUAAUCCUCUCCUCUCGGGAGGAGCAGGGAAAUCCCUCUCCAGGCAGAACCAGAGAGGAGGAGGGGGGAGAGUUCAACUCGGACUGGGACUGAGAGUUGGAGAGCGUGCGUGGUGAUAUUUGGUGCUUUUGUUCUGCUGCUGCAGGCUGAUGGAGUCACUCUGAAGGUUAUUCAGACUGCUGGGACUCCACUUCUCAUCAUGAGCGGACCGACUAAUGUGAAGUACCAGCCAGGUCUCUAUGGAGGAAACAACUACAGCAGCUCUCCUCUCUCGAGCUCUGGAAAUUCCCCCAUCGUGUGCGAGCGCUGUCGGGAGGUUUGUCAUGGGGAGGUGGUGCGUGUCAAGAACACACACUUCCAUGUUCACUGCUUCACCUGCCAAGUGUGCGGCUGUGACUUGGUGCACUCUGGUUUCUUCCAUCAUUCUGGAGAGUAUAUCUGUACGGAGGACUACCAGCGGCUCUACGGGACUCAGUGUGACAGCUGUGACCAGUACAUCACUGGAGAGGUGGUGUCGGCUCUGGGGAGGACCUACCACCCGCAUUGUUUUGUCUGCAGCGUCUGCAGGCGCCCAUUCCCAAUUGGAGACAAAGUGACCUUCUGUGGGAAAAAGUGUGUGUGUCAGCAAUGCUCGCACUCUCUGAAACGCGACAAGCCUGUUAAAGUCCACGGACCGAGCUACUGUGCAGGGUGCGGUGAGGAGAUCAAACAGGGUCAGUCUCUGCUGGCUUUGGAGCGACAGUGGCACGUCACUUGUUUUAUAUGUGGGACAUGCAGCUGUGCUCUCACUGGAGAAUACAUCAGCAAAGAUGGGGUACCCUACUGUGAGACUGACUACCACGCUCAGUUUGGGAUCAGGUGUGAAAGCUGUAACGGGUACAUCAGUGGCCGAGUGCUGGAGGCUGGAGGGAAGCAUUACCACCCCAGCUGUGCCAAGUGUGCACGCUGUCAAAUGAUGUUCCAAGAAGGGGAGGAAAUGUAUCUUACAGGUUCAGACAUUUGGCACCCCAUGUGUAAAGAAGCAGCUCGACUGGAGAGAAAACUGAGGCUGAGACGUACCUCUGAGACGGCCUCCAUCCUUUCUCCAGUGUCUUCUCCCCUCCUUGGAUCCCCCCAUCGACUCAUCUGUUCAAAGGCUCACAGUGAUGUUUUAGACUAUAAGCAACUGGCAAAUCUACCCAGGGUCAAAACCAUAUAUGAAACCCAGCAGCCAGACAUCAUCCCUUAUCAGGCUGACCAAGCACACACACUGCACUCGAAUAACUCUCUGGAGAGAUUCAACAGUGGACAGUCAUCGGGCUCAUUAUCACCAUAUACUCAUGAUCUCUUAUACGGCGUUGAACUGAGAAAAAGGUACUCCUCCAGCUCCGCAUUCACCGACUCUCCUACACAGAGUCACCUUGGAGGAUCCCCGCUGCAUUAUUAUCUCCCUGGCACUGAGAGUGGCCGGAGUUCACCUUAUUACAGUCGGCCAGAGCCCGGGUGUACCACACCCACCACCUCCACCUUCCAGGUCCCCAAGCACUUCCAUGUUCCAGCUUCUGAGGAAACCAACAUCUACAGAAAACCCCCCAUCUAUAAGAGACAAGACUUGUCUGCCUCUCCGACAGCCAACAGGACCAAAAUCAAUGAGAACCUGAUCAAUUCCAGCUGCCUCUCCACCUCUAACUGCAACAACCUUUAUCACGCCGACUCCAACUACUUUCCCUAUAGUGGCUCUCCAAAAGUCUCCCGGAUGAGAAGGUUUUCAUCAGGAGGAGAAGAUGGAUGGAAUCACAACAUAAACAGGGGAAUUGGCCGGAUGAUCCUGAAGGAGGAGAUGAAGGCUCAAUCAGGUUGUUACGACAACGACCACUGGAGGAGCACGCGCAGCUCUCGGUGCAGCAGCAAGGACAGUCUGGAAUACAGCUCCCUUAAUGGCUGUACCACGUCUUACUACAGCACCGCUGACAACGACUCGUACAUCACCAAAUCUGCCUCGUUGCCGGGUUACGGCAAAAAUGGACUGAACAGACCUGGGAGUGCCAGUUCGGAUUAUUACCGGCAUGACAGCAGCAACGCGGUGAACUGGCAGAUCAGAGAAUACAAGGUGAGAUGCAGCAGCCACAGAGAAAAGAUUUACCCCUAUGAAACUCUUGUGGUGUCAGUUAGAGGGCAGCAGCGUCUUCCCGCUGAUGUGGACAGAGCCAGAUUAGAGCGUCACCUUUCACCAGAAGAGUUUUACAGAGUCUUUGGCAUGUCCAUGUCUGUCUUUGACCGCCUCGCUCAGUGGAAGAAGAAUGAACUGAAGAAGCAAGUUCGACUUUUCUAAAAGAAAAAAGCAACAGAUCCGUCCAAUAUCAAAGGUGUCGACUUAUUGGAAGUUUGACCCUGACAGUGAUUCAGAUCUGAAGUGUUGAAAGGAAAUGUUCAGCUGUUGGUGUCCUGCAACUGGUCUGCGUCUUGCUCUUAUUGAGCAAUAAAAAUAAAAGCAGCCAACUGGGCCAAACUGGCACUUGAAUGAUAACGGGUGCAGAGAGAAGCACGUGUUUUGACUCUCAUGGUUAAAGAGUGAGGAUCAGAGGAACAUCCAUACCAAACUGAUGAUCUGAGAUAAUGAAUGGAUGUUAGAGUUCACAGGUUUGUGUCACAGUGAUGCAGAACCUCUGCUGCUUCUGAGUUCUUGCAAAUUUCAUGAUGAUAUCAUCAUGAUUUGUUGAACUUGAUUAAAACAACAUUAAAUAAAUGAAGAUUGCACUCUGUA